CUUCCGGUGCGGGCCGCGCGCGAGCGCAGCGGUGGGAGGCGGCGACGAGCCGGUCGAGUCCCCCAGCCCAGCCUCACCAAGAUGUGGCACGAGGCUCGGAAGCAUGAGCGGAAGCUUCGAGGCAUGAUGGUUGACUACAAGAAGAGGGCAGAGCGGAGGCGGGAGUACUAUGAAAAGAUUAAGAAGGACCCAGCCCAGUUCCUGCAGGUGCACGGCCGAGCUUGCAAGGUGCACCUGGAUUCUGCAGUCGCCCUGGCCGCCGAGAGCCCCGUUAACAUGAUGCCCUGGCAGGGGGACACCAACAACAUGAUCGACCGCUUCGAUGUCCGCGCCCACCUCGACUACAUCCCCGACUACACCCCCCCGCUGCUCACCACCAUCUCCCCAGAACAGGAGUCGGAUGAGCGGAAAUGUAACUAUGAGCGCUACCGAGGCCUGGUGCAGAACGACUUCGCCGGCAUCUCGGAGGAGCAGUGCCUGUACCAGAUCUACAUUGAUGAGUUGUACGGAGGCCUCCAGAGACCCAGCGAGGAUGAGAAGAAGAAACUGGCAGAGAAGAAGGCUUCCAUUGGCUACACCUACGAGGACAGCACCGUGGCCGAGGUGGAGAAAGUGGCGGAGAAGCCAGAGGAGGAGGAGUCACCAGCUGAGGAGGAGAGCAACUCGGACGAAGAUGAGGUCAUCCCCGACAUCGACGUGGAGGUGGACGUGGACGAACUGAACCAGGAGCAGGUCGCCGAUCUCAACAAACAGGCUACGACCUAUGGCAUGGCCGACGGCGACUUUGUCAGGAUGCUCCGGAAAGACAAGGAGGAGGCAGAGGCGAUCAAACACGCCAAGGCCCUUGAGGAAGAGAAAGCCAUGUACUCGGGCCGUCGAUCCCGGCGCCAGCGGAGGGAGUUCCGGGAAAAGCGUCUGAGGGGCCGCAAGAUCAGCCCCCCCAGCUAUGCCCGCCGAGACAGCCCCACCUACGACCCCUAUAAACGGUCGCCCUCAGAAUCCAGCUCCGAGUCCCGCUCCCGCUCUCGCUCCCCAACCCCAGGCCGCGAGGAGAAGAUCACGUUCAUCACCAGUUUUGGGGGCAGCGAUGAGGAGGCAGCCGCGGCAGCAGCUGCGGCCGCCGCGUCGGGGGCCACCACAGGGAAGCCCCCCGCGCCCCCCCAGCCCGGCGGCCCCGCACCGGGACGUAAUGCCAGCGCCCGCCGCCGCUCCUCCUCCUCCUCUUCCUCCUCCUCUUCUGCCUCGAGGACCUCCAGCUCCCGCUCCAGCUCCCGCUCCAGCUCCCGCUCCCGCCGUGGCGGGGGCUACUACCGUUCUGGCCGCCACGUACGCUCCCGUUCCCGUUCCCGCUCCUGGUCCCGCUCCCGGUCCCGCUCCCGGCGCUACUCUCGGUCCCGUAGCCGUGGCCGGCGGCACUCAGGUGGGGGCUCCCGAGAUGGACACCGGUACUCCCGCUCACCCACCCGGCGCGGUGGUUACGGGCCCCGGCGCAGGAGCAGGAGCCGCUCCCGCUCCGGGGACCGAUACCGGCGGGGCGGCCGGGGCCCCCGGCACCACAGCAGCAGCCGCAGCCGCAGCAGCUGGUCCCUCAGCCCGUCCCGCAGCCGCAGCCUGACUCGGAGCCGCAGCCCCAGCCCCAGCCGCAGCCCCAGCCCCAGCCGCAGCCCCAGCCACAGCCACUCGCCAUCGCCCCCCAGAGAGAAGCUGACCAGGCCGGCGGCGUCCCCUGCUGUGGGCGAGAAGCUGAAAAAGACCGAGCCUGCCGCUGGUAAAGAGACAGGAGCUGCCAAACCCAAGCUGACGCCACAGGAGAAGCUGAAGCUGAGGAUGCAGAAAGCACUGAACAGGCAGUUCAAGGCGGAUAAGAAGGCGGCUCAGGAGAAGAUGAUCCAGCAGGAGCACGAGCGCCAGGAACGGGAAGACGAGCUUCGAGCCAUGGCCCGCAAGAUCCGCAUGAAGGAGCGGGAGCGCAGAGAGAAGGAGAGAGAAGAGUGGGAGCGCCAGUACAGCCGGCAGAGCCGCUCGCCCUCCCCCCGCUACAGUCGAGAAUACAGCUCUUCCCGAAGGCGCUCAAGGUCGAGAUCUCGAAGUCCCCACUACCGACAUUAGGCAGAAGUUGGGGGGAGGGAGCAGGGGGCUGGUGGGGGGAGGGAUGAGGGCUCAGGCUGUGA